GUAACUUGGCGUCAUAUCAAUACGCUGUGGAAAAAGGUGCGUACUUUUCUGAUGCUGAUAUUGACCUCUAACUUUCCAAACACUAGAGCACAGUAUCAAAACAAUCCAGAUGUCCCUCUUCCCACUUGUAGCUCCAGUGGUUAAAGGGCUGUAUUGUCUUCUUCCUCCUCCUCCACCUGCAGGACAGCUGUGCGCCGCUGCCACGUCUCUCCUGCUGCUGCUGCUGCUGCUGCUGCUGGAGUGGACGCGCAAAGUGGGGGCGCACUGCUCAGGCAUCAAAACCCAGCUCUUGCGAUACGCAGCUGUGACUGAGGGCAGCAUUGGACACGCCGCUCACAUCCACUGCGCUUGGCUCCUGAAUGUUAUAGUUAAAGGACCUUUUUGUUUGGGUUUUUCCGCGUCGCCGUUGCUUUUUGGCACUCGCGUCUCCCCCCGAAAGCGGAGGCACAUUGUCUGUGGCGCAGCGCGACAGUGCGGUGUCCGAUUACAACCCGUGCGCCGAGGAGCCACCGGCACAGAGCGCUCCUCUUUGGGGGCAGAAAUAGCUCACAGUGAUCCGGAGGGACGAGGCAGAGCGCAGAGGAAUCAGUGCAAAGAGGGACAGAAGGAGUUUUACCAACAGAGGUCGAUUUCUGACACAGCAGAACUGAGGAUUUAUCAUCUUCAGCUCAUCUCUGUUCUUGUUUUAACGCAACACUCUUCUCAACGGGACGAGACACGCAGCUUCGCUCCCUGCUAGAUGAACGGGAGUUGGAUACCUCACUUGGUUAGUCUCUCCAAUGCUCUUGGCCCCUGAGGCCUGAGGAGAAGUGAGCCAAGCCCAGGCCCCCCCCACAUGGGACGCUGUGUUACCCAGCAUGCACUGCUGCUGCUGCAGUGCAUGCUGGUUCUGCGGCCUGGAGGUGUGGCGAGUAGGAGAGGGCCGGUGCUGCUGCCUGAAUCGCCCUGUCACAGGAUGGAGCACCCACUCAUCCCACACUCAGAGAUGGAGCCGUGGAUCUUCAGGUUCAAGGCAGAGGGUACAGUGGAUUACUCACAGCUGACCUUUGACCCCGGGCAGAACGAACUGAUCGUGGGUGCCAGGAAUCACCUCUUCAGGCUCAACCUGGAAGACCUGACACUGAUCCAGGAAGCUGAGUGGCACUGCGACGAGUUCACAAAGGGAGCCUGCUUCAGCCGCGGAAAGUCUGAGGAAGAGUGCCAGAACUACAUCAGGGUGCUGCUGGUGAAUGGGAACAGGCUGUUUACCUGUGGAACCAACGCCUUCACUCCCAUCUGCACCAACCGAACGCUGACAAAUCUGACAGAGAUCCACGAUCAGAUCAGCGGCAUGGCAAGGUGUCCCUACAACCCCCUCCACAACUCCACCGCCCUCAUCACCUCCAGCGGGGAGCUGUACGCUGCAACAGCCAUGGACUUCUCCGGGAGAGACCCCGCCAUCUACCGCAGCCUGGGAGGUCUGCCACCGCUGCGCACUGCACAGUACAACUCCAAGUGGCUGAACGAGCCCAACUUCGUCUCCUCUUACGACAUCGGUAACUUCACCUACUUCUUUUUCCGGGAAAACGCGGUGGAGCACGACUGCGGUCGGACAGUGUUUUCACGCGCAGGCCGAGUCUGUAAGAAUGACAUCGGGGGCCGCUUCCUCCUUGAGGACACAUGGACAACCUUCAUGAAAGCGAGGUUGAACUGCUCCAGACCCGGAGAAAUCCCCUUUAACUACAACGAGCUGCAGGGAACGUUUUACCUACCCGAGCUGGAGUUACUCUACGGCAUUUUCACCACCAAUGUAAACAGCAUCGCUGCGUCUGCCGUGUGUGCCUUCAAUCUCAGCGCCAUAUCACAGGUUUUCAAUGGACCCUUCAAGUACCAGGAGAACUCACGGUCAGCAUGGCUGCCCUACCCCAACCCCAACCCCGACUUUCAGUGCGGCACCAUCGACUCCGGCUCCUACGUGAACUUGACUCAAAGAAACCUGCAGGACGCUCAGAAGUUUCUGCUGAUGCAUGAGGUGGUUCAACCUGUGGUUCCGGUGCCCUAUUUCAUGGAGGACAACGUGCGCUUCACUCAUGUGGCCGUGGAUGUGGUGCAAGGGAAAGACAUGCUGUUACACAUCAUUUACUUGGCUACUGAUUACGGUACUAUCAGAAAAGUGCUCUCCCCUCUCAACCUGUCCAUGGGGAGCUGCCUCUUGGAAGAGAUCGAGUUGUUCCCGCCCAGGAAGAGGCAGCCAAUCCGGAGCUUGCUGAUCCUGCACAGCCGCAGCGAGCUUUAUGUUGGUGUAAGAGACCAGGUCAUCAAGAUCCCACUGAAGAGAUGCAGCUACCACAAGAGCAGAGAAGCCUGUGUAGGAGCCAGAGAUCCAUACUGCGGUUGGGACCUGUUGCUGAAGAAAUGCACCACCCUGGAGGAAAGUGUCAGAAUGAGCCAAUGGGAGCAGAGCAUCACAAAGUGUCCUAUCCGUAAUGUGACCGUGGAUGGAGGCUUCGGCACCUGGUCCGGCUGGUCCACAUGUAGUCAUAAUGAUGGAGGCAGCGCGGGGUCCUGCCUGUGUCGGACACGAGCCUGCGAUAGCCCAGCCCCUCAAUGUGGAGGCCAGCAUUGCUACGGCAUCAGUGUGGAGGUCGCUAACUGCUCCAGAAACGGAGCAUGGACCCCCUGGACUUCCUGGUCCCCCUGCAGCACCAGUUGUGGUAUCGGCUUCCAGGUCCGCCAGCGCUCCUGCAGCAAUCCGACCCCUCGCCACGGCGGCCGAGUGUGUGUAGGGCAGAACCGUGAGGAGAGGUACUGUAACGAACACCUGCCCUGCCCUCCCCACGUCUACUGGUCGGCUUGGUCUGCAUGGGAACGCUGCAAUGUGCCUUGCGGCGGCGGCAUCCAGGCACGACGCAGGACCUGUGAGAACGGCAACGACUGUCCCGGGUGUGGUCAGGAGUAUCAGUCAUGCAACACCCUGCCGUGCCCCGACCUAAAGAAGACCACACCUUGGACUCCCUGGACACCUGUCAACAUCUCUGACAACGGUGGCCACUACGAGCAGCGCUUCCGCUACACGUGCAAAGCUCGAAUCCCAGAUCCCAGCCUCCUGGAGGUAGGCAGGCAGAGGAUCGAGAUGCGCUACUGCUCCAGCGACGGAUCCACGGGCUGCUCCACUGACGGAGAAGUGCUUCGUCUCGGGAGGAUCUCGGGUCACACGGUGAAUGGUGGCUGGUCCUCCUGGAGCUCCUGGUCGCAGUGCAGCAGAGACUGCAGCCGGGGAAUCCGCAGCCGUAAGAGGACCUGCAGCAACCCAGAGCCCAAGUACGGAGGUCAGACCUGCCUGGGGCCAGCACAGGAGUACCAAGAGUGUAACAUCACCCCAUGUCCAGUUGACGGCAGCUGGUCAUGCUGGUCUUCAUGGUCCAAGUGCUCUGUGACUUGCGGAGGGGGACACUACAUGAGGACGCGAACCUGCAGCAACCCCCCGCCAGCUUACGGAGGGGACAUCUGCCUGGGUCUUCACACUGAGGAGGCGCUUUGCAACACACAGGCCUGUCCAGAGAGCUGGUCCAGCUGGUCUGAGUGGUCCCACUGUGACUCCAACGGGGCCCAGAUGCGUGUGCGUCACUGCGACGUCCUGUUCCCCACUGGAAACCAGUGCUCAGGAAACAACAGCGAGAGCAGGCCAUGCUCUCCUGACUCCAAUUUUAUACCAGAAGUCUCGAUUGCACGCUCCAGCCAAGAGGAGAUGCGAUGUGGAGACUUCAAUCUCUUCCACAUGAUCGCCGUGGGGCUCAGCAGCUCCAUCCUUGGCUGCCUGGUCACCCUGCUGGUCUAUUCGUACUGCCAGCGCUACCAGCAGCAGGCGCACGACGCCACCGUCAUACACCCCAUAUCUGCCGCUCCGCUCAACACCAGCAUCACCAACCACAUCAACAAACUGGACAAAUACGACACAGUGGAAGCCAUCAAGGCCUUCAACAAAAACAAUCUGAUUCUGGAAGAAAGAAAUAAGUACUUCAACCCUCAGCUUGCCGGGAAGACCUACACAAACGCAUACUUCACUGACCUCAACACCUACGAUGACUAUUAGCCCCUGACUCAGCAGUUCACACUCCUUACCAUCACAGGGGACUCCAACUCCAUCAUCCAUUUGACUGUAUUCUUUUUUCUGCUUUGUUGAGAUUCGUGACACCGCGUUUGUGUGUGUGUGUGUGUCGCACACUGAAACUCUAUGGCAGCUGGUAUGUAAUGAAAACACAGACACACAGUGUUGCCUAUGGAGGGAAACGCCCACUCUCUCUCAGGUGCCUUGGGGUACACUUGGAAAGCUCAAUUUUUGACUCUCGCUGAGAAAAUGACAAACUGGAUUUCCAAAUGUGGACAAAAAAGGGAAAAAUAAACUCAAAUAGACUGUGGGAUGUGCAAUCCCUUUUAACUUUCCUGUGACGCCUCUAAAACAGAAAAUGUAUUUGUAAUGAUGGGAAAUAACCACAAACCGCUUUGCAUGACUUCAUCUGAUGUGUUUUCUCUGCCGUUUUGUUUCGUUUUGCAUGGUUUUAUCGCAUUCCAGGGAUCAGGGACUCAAAAAGAAGUGCUUUUUUUGCUGGUCUUAGGUUCAGGACUGGAUUUGGGAGUCAUAAAAUCAAAGACUGUUGGGAUGCCUGGUAGCUUUUACUAUUUACAGCUGUCGAUAUCUCCAGAUUGAUCCAUAUCCACACCAAGUCCUUGAAUCAGGAUGUAGAUAUUUGAGGUCAGCGGGCUAUUUUCUUUUUUUAAUUCAUUUUAAGCUUUUGAAUUUCACAAGUAUUGAACUUUCAAUGCAAAUUAUUUUAAUGUUUGCCUCAUUCUUUUGUUGUUUUCGGCUCUUAUAGGUGCUUUUAUUUUGUACAGGAAGUUAAGUUUAAAGCUUAUGUCUGUAUUUUUUUUCUAAAUACAUUUAUUCAGUGUUUAAAGAAUCAAACAUUUCUGUUUAAAAAAAAAAAAAACUUUAUGUGCAUACUGAAGAGUUAUCAUAUCAGCCUGCAUUGAGUUCAGUCUGUCACCGUACUUUUUUAUAUUUUUUGUAAAAAAGAAAAAAAUAAUGUUUUUGAAUUUUGAUAGUGUUCGCUAUCUCUUUGGCUUCUGGGUUAAGUAUGUAUUUGUGAGAGCAGGAUGUUAAUGGCAUUUAUUGUACAGAAGGAGCGUAGCACACACUAUCCUCCUGAACCCUGACUGGAGCGCUACACAUAUGCUACUCGAUGAAAUCCAUUCAUCAGUUUGAAAUAUUCCUGUUCAGAGUGUAUAACCAAAUAUUAGGUUAUUCAAUGGUUCAGUUGCAACUAACUCUUUUUACAUGUUUGCUUGUGUUACUGUGCAUAAAUUAAAAACUGCUUCGUACACUAAA